AUGCCUGGAAGCUUUUCCAAAUUGUCUGGCCCUUUGUACUCGGCCAUUCGAGCCCGUCUCAACCCCAAGCCCAGUCCAAGUGCCGCCGCUGAACCCGUCACCGCCCCAGCCGACGAAGCCGUCGCGCCCCUCAAGACACUGAGCAACCUCCCGAGCGUGCCCCUUGAUGUCUCUUGCUAUGGCGACGCGCUGUGCGAGACAUGCACGCAAAUCAACGUGUCCAAACGCCGCUUCUUUGUCCUGCCAGAUGACCCCGAGCAUGGUGCGGAGGACCAAGCGGACAGCGAGCCCCGCGACCUGGGCCCUCUGGUCGACAUGGCCAAGCGCACGUCCUGCCCUCUGUGCCGCCUGAUCUACGUCACAGUGGGCGGCGAUCGCCUGCCAACUAAAGAGCGGGGCCUAGCCGUGCACGUUAGCUGCAGCUGGGGCACGACCGGCCCACAGGACCCGGCCGCGCCGUGGGUGCGCACGCCGGCCGUGCGGGUGCUCCAGCUGUCGGCGCAGACGUCGGACCAGAAAUACCUCCAGGAGAUGGGCAUGUUCUUCCCCGAGAUCACCAUGCUGGCAGCCGACAUGCCGGCCACGCCGUACGCGGGGACGCAUCCCGACGCCGCCAACCACCUUGUGCGUCUGCGCAAACCCGGCCGCAUUGACUUUGACCGCGUGCGGCAGUGGCUCGCGCUCUGCCGGGCGCACCACGGCAAAAAGUGUCGCGUCAACCCGCUGCUCGCGCUCAACGCGCUGGGGCGCGACCACACGCACCCGGCCGACGCGGUGCCCGAGUUCCGGUGCGUCGACGUCGAGCGCAUGUGCCUGGCACGCGUGCCGGCGGGCACGGCAUACACGGCCCUCAGCUACGUGUGGGGCCGGCGGGCGUUUUACUGCACGAAGCGGGCGGCCGUGGCCGAGCUGGAGCAGCCGGGCGCGCUGGCGCUGCUGGGCGACCACCUGCCGCCGACGAUCCGGGACGCGCUGCACGCGGCGCGCGAGCUGGGGCUGGCGUACCUGUGGAUCGACACGCUGUGCAUUGUGCAGGACGACGCCGACAUCAAGAUGGCGACGAUUGGCAAGAUGGACCUGGUGUACUGCGCGGCCGAGCUCGUGCUCAUUGCGGCGGGGGCGCGGGAUGCGUACGCGGGCUUGGCCGGCGUCGGCGGCAGUGGCGGCCGGCCGCGCCAGGCCAUUGAGCAGAUGGCGCCCGGGUUCCGUUUGGCGGCCAACGCACGCUGGCAAGACUUCAUCAGCGACUCGCUGUACUACACACGCGGCUGGACGCUGCAGGAGGACCAUUUUGCCACGCGGUCGCUAGUCUUCAUUGGCGGCACGGCCGUCUUCCGCUGCCGCACCGCGGAUGCGUGGCAGGAGCAUGUGUUUGAGCCCGCGGACGAGCUUCGCACGCAGGACGGCCGGAAUGAUGACGACAACAGCGACGACGACGACGACGACCUCAACGACAUUGGGACCAUGGAAGAGUUUAUGAACUCGUACUCGGAGCGCCAGCUGUCGUUUGGCGCGGACCUGUACCACGCCUUUGCCGGCAUGGCGCGGCAGCUCGUGGUGCAGUACAACACGGACCUGUGCCACGGCCUGCCCACGCGCUUCUUCGACUGGCAUCUGCUGUGGGACGGCGGCAGCCACACGCACCAUGUUCGGUGCCUGGGCGGCGGCGGCGACACCCGGGGCCCCAGCUGGUCGUGGUCAGGCUGGACGGGCGGCCGCAUCUUUGCGCACAUCUGGGACUGGUACACGCGGGACAUUGGCAUGGUCGACGAGGCCAUCGGCACGCGGACGUGGAUUGUGUGGUACCACCGCGUGGCCCACGACUCGACCGAGUGUGUUCCGCUGGUCAGGCACAUGCAGGGCAGCGCUGGCUCGGAUGGCGAGGAAGAGAGUGGCAGCGGCAGCGGCCCAGCAGCGCCUUACCACGCGUGCAACCUCUACGGCAGCGCGACGCAGACUGACCGCCGCUUCUCGGGGCUGGACUGCGUGCAGACACAGCCGACACCGAUGCAGCUGUCGGCGGCGUAUCCCACCUACGUCAGUGAUACGCUGAGCGAGAAUCCGGGCUCGGGAUUUUUGCAGUUCUGGACAGUGUCGGUUCUGCUCACAAUUGAUGAUCCAGACAAUGUACAGAGGUCAGAAACGGAGCCUGAUAUGCUCGACGGGCAGCACCGGCGCCUUGGUGUGUUUGGGAAGAGCGGCACGCAGCUGGGUACCGUCGUCGUCGAACCGGACUGGCUCGCGAGCCAAGAGGCGGCAAACGGCGGCGGGACGCUGCCCCAGACCCGCGAGUUUAUUCUCCUCUGCGAGGCGCGUGACGAGCGGGCCCCCGGAAACGGUAAUCCUGACCGGCACACGGCUGGCUGGCGGUUCAAAACGAUGAUGCUCGAGUGGGUGACGUUGGGCGGGGACGAAACGCAGGACUCGUAUACCUACAAGCGGUGGGCACAGGGCCAAAUCAACGCGCAGGUGGAGGGCACCGAUUCGGAUAGCGCUAGUGCGGCGUAUGCCGAGCGAGUGUCUCUUUCGUCGAUUGGCUUUGAUGCCCUGGAUGAAGCGCUCGGUGAUGGGCCGAAGUGGAAGGAGGUUAUUUUGGGAUGA